CCGCCAUUUUAUUGGACAAUUUGCGUCGUCAUUUCGUUUUUACACUGUUUUGUAAAUUUGUUUUACAAUUAUUGUUUAUAUUAUAAAAAUAAAGUGCGUAACAAUCAGGAACGAUGACGGAUAUAAAAAGAUUGGUCGCGGCCAGAGGGCAAGCAAAAGGCUCACGACCAGAUCAACGCUCGAUUUCGGGAGAAGGAGGUGGAAAAUUCCAACGCCUUCCGCGCAUAAAUAUUCGUCAAUUUGACGGAAAUAAUAUCGAAAAUAGAGCUGUAGCACUUGAGACUGCUACGGGCCCCAAAGAGGAGCCACGUAAGAACUCAAUGGCUGUGUGCGCUCAGGCAGUGUCUACAGUAAAGAAGCAGUCACCUUCAGCAAAAUGCAUUGGAGCACCAGGCAUCCCCGCUUAAGGAAAAUGGACCUUACCUACUCAAGACAAAGUUUGGUGAUGUGAUAGCCGGUUCGUUGCCUCCAAUGUAUGUAUCCCUACCCAGCAUUGACCACUCCAUAUCUGUUCAAAACCAAAUCGUGCUGGCGUGGCUGAGCAUGGAACCAGUCAGACUGCUGUCAUAUGUCGCAAACAGAGUCAUUAAAAUCAAAGAGCUGACUUCAGGAUGGCCUUGGUUCUAUGUGAAGACCACUGACAACCCCGCGGAUUGUCUCUCUCGAGGAGUGGAGCCUCAUGCAUUGCAGAACAAUGAGCUUUGGUGGCACGGGCCUCAAUUUCUAAAUAACAACUCAUUUUCUCAUGGAAAUGCAAAGCAUGAGCCUUUAUCACCGCACGAACUGCCUGAAAUUAACAAAAAAUGUUGCAUUAUUGUAAACUGUAAUGAUGCUUGUCAUGUUGUAACUAACAAUGAUAAUGCCUUUAAUAUGGACCUACUUGCUCGCUUUUCUGAUAUUAUAAAGCUAAAACGGGUUGUAGCCUAUAUACUACGAUUUUCGGAUAAUUGUAAGAUAAAAAAUAUAACAGAGAGGCGUACGGGCGCGCUUCAGCCGUGUGAGCUUGAAAACGCUUUAUUAACAAUUAUUAAAAUGGACCAACAGAGGCAUUAUCAAAAAGAAAUUGCCUGCUUAAAGGCUAACAAACCUGUAUCACAUUCUCUAUCAGCAUUGAGUCCUUUUCUUGAUAAGAAUGGCUUAUUAAGAGUUGGUGGGAGAUUGGAAAAUUCACAGCUUCCAUUCACUCAAAAGCACCCAUUGAUACUUGUUAAAGGUUCUCACAUCACUAAGCUUCUUAUAUGGAAAGAACAUGAAACUUUAUUACACGCGGGACCUAAGUUAUUGCUUGCUUCACUUAAUAAUAAGUUUUGGCUUAUCAAUGCUGUAAGGGAAAUAAAACAUGUAAUUCACAAAUGUAUAAAAUGUUUUAAGCUAAAGGCAAAGGCUGCAUCACAGCUGAUGGGGUCUCUGCCAGCCGAAAGGGUCACUGUAGCCAGGCCUUUCGAGAAGGUCGGCAUCGACUAUGCAGGUCCUUUUAAUAUAAAAUUACACCGUGUUAGGAAACCACUUAUUUUAAAAGCAUAUGUGUUAAUAUUUGUAUGUUUUGUCACAAAAGCGAUACAUGUGGAGCUCGCUUCCGAUUUAACCACAGCUUGUUUUUUAAAUUGCUUAAAAAGAUUUAUUGCACGGCGUAAUAAACCUUCGCAAAUCUUUUGUGACAAUGCAGCUACUUUUAAAGGUGCAAACUCACAAUUACAGGAGUUGUACAAACUACAGUCUCACCCAACACACCAAAAUUCAGUCGUGAAGUUUACAGCUGAUCAAGGUAUCACCUUUAAUUUCAUUCCCGCGUAUAGUCCGGUAUUUGGUGGGUUAUGGGAGGCUGGGGUUAAGAGUUUAAAGUAUCAUAUGAAAAGAGUAAUUGGGCAGACAGUACUUACGUAUGAGGAGCUAAACACUGUUAUCAUACAGAUUGAAGGCAUAUUGAAUGCGAGGCCGCUUACGCCUAUGUCCUCGGAUCCCUCAGAUCUCUCAUAUUUAACACCAAGUCACUUUCUUACUGGAGCUCCAAUUACUGCUUUCCCAGAACAGGAUCUCACUGACAUUCCUACUAAUAAGCUUCACUUUUGGGAGCAAUGUACUAAAAUUAAACAGAACUUUUUUAAGCAAUGGCAAAAACAGUACCUAUCUAUGUUGCAAAACAGGCCAAAAUGGAAAACUAGUACUCCUAAUAUUGAUGUUGGUACUUUAAUAAUCCUUAGAGAUAAUAAUAUUAUGCCUUUCCAAUGGCCUAUGGCAAGGGUUGUAAAACUUUACCCAGGUAACGACAACAAGGUGCGUGCAUUUGAUGUAAAAAUGCCUAAUGGUAAUAUUGUACGAACCAGUAUCACAAAGGUAUGUCCAUUGCCAAUUUAUUGAUAUGUUUUGAGUAGGUAGGGUUUUGUUCUAUGGAUAAAGUAAUAGUUUUGUUCUGUUAAAAAUAUUUGUGUUAAACUUUAUAUUAUAAUUCUUAAAAUAGGUAUAAUAUUAUGUAACAUUUAGAUAACUUAGUCCUUUUUCUUUUACUGCUGCCUGGCAGCCUUGUGUAUUAUCUACACACAAUAAUGUGACUGAUGUGCAUUAUACUUACCAAAAGGGUAUCUUUUUCAAAUUUAUUAUAAUUUGUAAGACAACUAGCAUAAGGUUUCAAUAAGAAUAACUAGGAUAGGGUUUCAAUAAGACAACUAGGACAAGCUUUCAAAAGAUUAACUUUUUACUAGUUGCAUAAAUCUUUUAUUUUGUUUUGUUCACAUAAAGUCAAGGUUACUUUUUAAGUGGAUUAAAAUUUUCACAGAAACUAUUUAUUGUAACUUUUAAGUUCUUAAAUUAAUAAGUGUUAAGCUACAUUAGCAAAAAUGUUGUUUAAUCAGUCAUUAUUGAUAUUUAACUUUUAAUUAUCCUGCCACUGUUUGUUCAUUUCGCUUAUAAUCAAACUGUUUAAGGAUAUUUUGUGAAUGUUUUUCUUUUUGCUGGUGGGGCAAUUAUGUUCGAAUCCUCACAUAAAAUAAUGUGGCAACACUAGAUUUAAGUUUUUUAAUUCGACCACAAGAUGGCGAUUGUAACACUCUUUCCCUUCAACUCUUUGCGUAAUCAUUCAAAAUGUAACUAUAAAAUAUAAUCCUAUUAAAUACAGUCCACUUUUAACUUU